CAUGCCGAGCCCCCGUCGCUCAUAACGUCGCCUGCAAACAAUUGCCGGUAACUGCCAUAAUUCCAUCAAGCUGCAUUGACACUGACCGCGCAGCUCAGCAGGAAAAGCUGUCCUCGAGUGUCGGAAUUGCUAGCGAUGGUGCAGGCUCUUUGUAGUGCUGGUGCCGCGCGCCGAGGCGGGCGACAGGCAUACAGCUUUCUGGCGUCACUGCUGUCACAGCAGCGCGGGUUUGCCGCUGCAGCGGAGAAGGAUGUGGUGGUUGUGGGCGGAGGGCCGGGCGGCUACGUUGCGGCUAUCAAGGCCGCGCAGCUGGGUCUCAGCGUCGCCUGCGUGGAGGGGCGUGGCGCGCUGGGCGGCACCUGCCUCAACGUGGGCUGCAUCCCCUCCAAGGCUCUGCUGAACAGCAGCCACAUGUACAUGGAGGCCAAGCAGCACUUCGGCUCGUACGGCAUCAAGAUGGACGGGCUGUCGUACGACUUCGCGGCGGUGCAGGCUCAGAAGGACGGAGUGGUGUCGGGGCUGACCAAGGGCAUUGAGGGGCUGUUCAAGAAGAACAAGGUGGAGUACGUCAAGGGCUGGGGCAAGCUGGUGUCGCCGCACGAGGUGGAGGUGGCGGCGGCGGACGGCAGCUCCAGCCGCCUGCGCGCUAAGAACAUCCUGCUGGCCACCGGGUCGGAGGUCACGCCGCUGCCGGGGGUGCCCAUCGAUGAGGAGAAGAUCGUGUCCUCCACCGGCGCCCUGGCGCUCAAGUCGGUGCCGGGCGAGAUGGUGGUGAUCGGCGGCGGCUACAUCGGGCUGGAGAUGGGCAGCGUGUACCAGCGCCUGGGCGCCAAGGUGACGGUGGUGGAGUUCCUGGACAACAUCGUGCCCUCCAUGGACGCGGAGGUGCGGCGCAGCUUCAUGCGCACCCUGGAGAAGCAGGGCCUCAAGUUCAAGAUGGGCACCAAGGUGACCAAGGGCGAGGUGGUGGGCGGCCGCGUGCACCUGACCCUGGAGCCGGCCAAGGGCGGCGCGGCGGAGAAGAUGGAGUGCGACGUGUGCCUGGUGUCCAUUGGCCGGCGGCCCUACAGCAAGGGCCUGGGCCUGGAGGCUGUGGGCGUCAACACCGACAACCGCGGCCGCGUCAUCGUGGACGCCCACUUCCGCACCAACGUGCCCAGCGUGUACGCCAUCGGUGACCUGGUGCCGGGGCCCAUGCUGGCGCACAAGGCGGAGGAGGACGGCGUGGCGGCGGUGGAGAUCAUGGCGGGCAAGCACGGCCACGUCAACUACGCCACUGUGCCCUCCAUCUGCUACACCCACCCCGAGGUGGCCUCUGUGGGCCUGACGGAGGAGGAGGCCAAGGCCAAGGGCCACGAGGUCAAGACCGGCAAGUUCAGCUUCAUGGCCAACAGCCGCGCCCGCGCAGUGGGCGACACGGACGGCAUGGUCAAGAUCGUGGCGGACAAGAAGAGCGACAAGCUGCUGGGCAUGACCAUCAUGGGCCCCAACGCCGGCGAGAUGAUCCACGAGGGCGUGCUGGCGCUGGAGUACGGCGCCAGCUCCGAGGACAUUGCGCGCACCUGCCACGGCCACCCCACGCUCAGCGAGGCGGUCAAGGAGGCGGCGCUGGCCACCGCGUUCGGCAAGCCCAUCCACAUGUGAGCGGGACUCGCGGUCGCGGCCCCGGAGCGCGGCGGCAGGGGUGGUGGGAGCAGAGGCGCUUGUGUGUUUGAGGUUCAAACGUUGUGGUGGCGGCAUACUGGGCGGUGGGGGAGGGGGGGAGGCGGCGACGGAGCUGCAGGCGUUGGAGUCUUGGAGGCGCUGCGGCGGUCGCAGCGGGGUUAACCGAGUGGGGCAGCAAAGGAUGCCGAUGUGGGUUGUGCGCGAACCAGCAGCAGCAGCAGUAGCGGUCGGCCGCGUGCGGGCUUGCGUUUCUUGAGCGGGGUACGUCCCGGGUGCUGUGACGUGUGCAGGUCCCGUGGGGGGAAUGUGUGGAGUAUGGUGUUGUGCUCAAUGCUGGCAUGCUUUACAGAUGUGAGCAAGUAAGAACGCGGCAGUCAUCUCUUGUCCGGCGGGUGGCUGGGGCUGCGACGUACGGCGCCCCUGUGCAUGACGAGGGUGCAUUGUAACAGAAAGCUGCGGAUGCGUGCACUGCAGCACUUGUUAGUCGGUCCGUGGUAAUCACGCAUGCACCAAGCCAGCCAGCCAGGUUUUCCCCUGCAUGCAGCCCUUUUGUAGCUGUGCCCCAACGGGCUGGCGGACUAGGGAGCACAUCGUAUCAGGUGCUCAAUUCCCCCAUGCGGGAACGGGCUGGCGGACGGGUUGCAUGGUUCGAAGUGUCGAAGUACUUGAAAUACAAAGUACAUCACUUCAUAACGCACAGCUGCUGCGGAAGUCUGCUUUGAUACAUCGUGGCUUUUGACCCUUUGACCCUUUGACCCUUUCAAAAUCGAAAAUGGGUUUCUGGGUGCAGACUCAACGAUGCGUGCGUAGGUAUACCCCAGACCAGGGGAGACUCUCCCCUGCCCCAGACUCACAUCAUGGGCGGUGGGGGAGGGGGGGGGGGAGGCAAGCGGGUCCCACUCCAGGAAAAAGCGUGUCCCCAGGGAGGCGCCCACUAGCGGACCGCCAUGCGAUCCAUGGAGCGUGCCCCUAAGGGUGUCAAGUGACAUGGGACGCAACGUACGGUGUUAUAUGCCGAGCGCGAGAGGAGGCGUGUGCAGGUAGACAGUGGCGUAGAGCUGAGGUGAAAGGAGGCUGUUCCAGAGUCGUAACAAACGUUGGACCAAAGGUACUGCGGAUGCUGGCGUGCGCACAACCUCCCGGACCGGUGACCGGGUCGGGGUCGGGGUCGGGGUCGGGGUCGGGGUCGGGGUUGGGGUCGGGGUCGGGGUCGGGGUCGGGGUCGGGGUCGGGGUCGGGGUCGGGGUCGGGGUCGGGGUCGGGGUCGGGGUCGGGGUCGGGGUCGGGGUCGGGGAAAUCCAAGGGACGCAA